AUGAAACACGAUAAACGUGCAAGACUAAGGGCUGCUCGGGCCGGAAUCAAGCUUUCGGACGAGGAAGAUGGCUACGAGGACAUCUAUGAGGAGGUUGAUGAGCAGCAAUUCCGCCAGCACAAACAGCAUCAGCUUCUGAACGACGAUUUCAUCGUGGAUGACUCUGGCAACGGUUACGCAGAAACAGGCGCAGACGAUUGGGAAGGUGCGAAUCAGUACGCAAGCGAAGACGAAGACGAGCCUGAGACUCGCCAACGCAAGAAGAUCGCCAAAAUCAAGCGCGACACGCCCCAGAUCUCCUCCUUUUUCAGGGGAGCGGAGACUGAGAACAAGCCUAAAAGCAAAGUCGAUAAUCUUGACGAUAUUUUGAGCGACUUCACGGCCCAGGCAAGCACCAAGGCUCGAAGCACGCCAAUGUUCAGCGUGAAGAAACGGACGGACGUGUUUUCCUCGCUCAAAUCCGACAGAGUGAAACCUGUGAAGCCGCUGAACGUGAAAAAGCUCAUGUUUGAAGACGAGGUCCCUGCGAAAAGAGUCAAGCUUAGCUCUGAGGACGAAAUAUACGCUCCUGAGUCCGAUAUCUCGAACUUGUCGAAAAUCGAGACGCCGUCUUCACCAAUAAAGGCCGCCAUCAAGGAAGAUGACGAGUUCAGCUCGGACGACGAGAUCGACGUCACAACAUUGAAAACAGCACGAGCGGAUGUGCAGAGAGUGAACCUGAGCUCAACGAGGGAGCUAAAGGAGACAAAAGUUGUCGAAAUCGCAACGUCUUCGCCAACUAGAGACGCGUCAGAAACUUCAAUGAUGAAUACCACUUUCGAGAAGGUGGACGAAUCACAAGUCGCUGACUCCGAAACUAUACAGAUGUUCUGGAUGGACUAUGCGGAGGUGGACAACAGCCUGCUUCUGUUUGGUAAAGUGAAGACUUUGGACGGCAGACAUGUUAGCGGUGUGGUUCAAGUCAACGGUCUAAGUCGAGAGAUAUACUUUUUGCCGCGCGAAUCGCGGCUGGAUGAGGACGAUGGCCCGCCGCCUACUGCCAUGGACGUGCACGAGGAGAUCAUCCCGCUUUUGCUGGACAAGUUCGGGCUUGAUCGAAUCAAGGCCAAGCCAGAGACCAAGAAAUGGGCUUUUGAGCUAGAGAAUAUCCCUAAGGAAGCCGAGUAUUUGAAAGUCUUGCUGCCCUUCCAGACACCAAAGUCAAGAAACACUGUUUUGCCGUCGAAUUUGGAAGGAGAAACGUUCCGUCACGUAUUCGGAGCAAAUGCCAGUAUUUUCGAGACUUUUGUGGUCCAGCGGAACGUGAUGGGCCCAUGCUGGCUAGAAAUCAAGGGGGCGGACUUUUCUGCCAUUAAAAACUCGUCUCAUUGCCAGGUGGAGGUUGCUGUCGCUGAUCCAGCACAAAUCAAACCAAUUGAGACAAACCUGCCUGCUCCAGAUCUCACGGCACUCAGCAUCAACAUCCAACCGGUGACGAACCUCAAAGAGGGCAAACAGGAAAUUGGAUCCGUCUCGUUUGCCGUGUACCGAAACGUCCACCAGGACACACCAAUGCCGGAAGAUGCGGUUCCAGAUGAGCUUUUGACUCUUGUUCGUCCUGUUGGUGGCUCUUUGGCCCUGCCGCCUGGACUCUCAGAGUUGGCUGCUAAACGGAACGUUCCGCUGCGGAGUUUUAAUAACGAGCGCACUCUGCUGAAUUGUCUUGCAGCCAUGAUCAAAAAGACGGACCCUGACGUCUUCAUUGGACACAGACUGGACGCUGCUGUGCUGGACGUGUUGAUGCGGCGGAUGCACGACCUGAAAAUCUCUCAAUGGUCUACCUUUGGACGCAGGAACAGAAAGCAGUGGCCCGACAGGUACGGCAAGGGAUCUGGGCGUAAUAACAUGUUCUACUUAAAGGAGAUAUUUGCCGGAAGACUAUGUUGCGACAUUGCGAACGAGAUGGGUCAAUCGCUGACCUCUAAAUGUCAGUCGUGGGAUCUUCCCGAGAUGUACGACAUUGUGUGCAAGAAGAAGUUCAUGCCGAUGGACGUGAAUCUUGCCAAUCCUCAAUUUGCCGAGGACGCAAACCUGCUUCUUGCCGCUUUCAAUGAGAAUAGCAUGAGCGUUAAGAUUAUAGCAGAGAUUGCCUUUAGAGUGCAAAUCUUGUCACUUUCGAAACAGCUGACCAACCUUGCCGGAAACGCAUGGGCCCACACGCUUGGAGGAACGAGGGCAGGAAGAAAUGAGUAUAUCUUGCUGCACGAGUUCACUAAAAAUGGAUACAUUGUUCCAGACAAGGAGACCAGAUCACAAAGACAGGCGGCUGCAGCGGCUGCUGCUCUGGAACAAGAUGGAGAUGAGAGCACUGCCACGUCUAGCAAGAAGACGAAGUACCAGGGUGGUUUGGUUUUCGAGCCCGAAAAAGGUCUUCACAAGAACUACAUACUGGUCAUGGAUUUUAAUUCUCUUUAUCCAUCGAUUAUUCAGGAGUUCAACAUCUGUUUCACCACUGUGAACAGAUCGAAUCUGGGAGACAACGAUCUUCCCAAUGUUCCACCAUCAGACGCUGCGCAAGGGGUUCUUCCGCGAUUGCUACAACAGCUGGUCAACAGACGUCGAGAGGUCAAGAAACUGCUGAAAGAUCCUCGAGCAACCGCUGUGGAAAAGGCUCAGUAUGAUAUCAAGCAGCAGGCAUUGAAGCUGACUGCGAACUCGAUGUACGGUUGUUUGGGUUACGUCAACUCUCGGUUCUACGCCAAGCCGCUCGCUAUGCUUGUCACCAACAGAGGAAGAGAGAUUUUGAUGGACACGCGUCAGCUGGCCGAAAGUAUUGGAUUGCGCGUCGUCUACGGAGACACCGACUCUGUCAUGAUCGACACCGGCUCGGAUAACUUCCAGGAAGCUAUCAAGAUUGGUGACGACUUCAAAAUCAAGGUCAACGAGCGGUACAGAUUGCUCGAGAUCGACACAGAUAACGUGUUCAAACGACUCCUCUUGCACUCGAAGAAGAAAUACGCAGCAAUGAACGCUACGAUGGAUGCUUCAGGACUUGAAAAGACCGUGCUGGAAGUGAAAGGAUUGGAUAUGAGACGCCGUGAGUUCUGUCCGCUUUCGAAAGAGACCUCCACAUAUGUUUUGGAGAAGAUCCUGGGCGACGCAGAUCCCGAGGAUGCCUUGAAUGAUAUCUACACUCACCUGGAAGAUGUGAGAAACAAGCUGACAGACAACCAGAUUCCAAUGCACAAGCUCACCAUAAACACUAGAUUGUCCAAGGAUCCAGAGCAAUAUCCUGGAGGCAAGUCCAUGCCAGCCGUUCAAGUGGCUCUGAGACUCAGAAAACAAGGCAAACUUGUUCGUGCUGGAAGCGUCAUGACAUUUGUGGUUACGGACAAUGGACAGGACAAGGGAGAUUCUGUCGCAGACCGCGCGCGUGCUAUAAGUGAAAUUUUAGCCAACCCUUCGCAGUACAGACCUGAUCCUUAUUACUAUCUGGAGAAGCAGAUUUUUGCUCCGAUAGAAAGACUUCUGGAACGGAUCGAGGGCAACGACGUUGUCCGCAUGGCAUCAGCUCUUGGGCUGGAUGCUCGCAAAUACGAGGCUCGUGCAAGAUUUGUGCAGGAUCGCGCUUCCGCAGAGCUGCAACCCUUGGACUCUACAGUUUCAGACAGUGAGAGAUUCCGUGAUUGCAAGCCCCUGGCUCUAAAAUGUAUGUCUUGUCAUGCGUCUUUCGAGUUUGGUGGAAUCCAGGCGUCCAGAAGAUACCAGGUCACCUUUUCCGGGGUCAAGUGCCUGUCGUGUGAGCACGUGUUGCCACCACUGGCUAUCUCCUCCCAGCUAGAGCACUUUUUGCGCCGCGAGAUUUCAGCCUACUACGCUGGCUGGCUCGUCUGCGAUGACUGUGGUGUCAAAACACGCCAGGUAUCUGUUUACGGAAGACGGUGUAUUGGCAAAAACGGCAAGGCCUAUGGCUGUAAGGGUAUCAUGAGAUACGUCUAUCCAGACAAACAGCUCUACAACCAGCUACUAUACGCCAUGAGCCUGUUCGAUGUUGAUAAGGCCAAGAAACGCGUGUUGAAGCCACUGACGGCCGAUCUCGGAAUUGAAGACAAAGAAAACAAACUCGUGCCAAUGAACCAGGGUGAGUUGGAUGCUCUCGUGGAACAGAAUAGAGACUCAUUCAAAACAUACCAAAAGGUGGUUGACAAGUACCUGACAGAGUGUGGACGGCGCUACGUCGACAUGGGUGGCAUAUUCGAGUUCAUGAGUGUAUUUAAACGAGACUAA